UUAGAAUUACGUGAAGAUGUAGGGAAACUUGAAGAACGAAUAAUGCUCGAAUCUCGAACGGUCCCUCCAAAUUCGUUUUCGCAGCGAAAAUAACGGCUUUUCAAUCUGAAUCAAUCACCAUCAUCUUCAUCAUUCACAAAUCUCAACUACUCUCUUCAUGCAAUUCCGAAUUUUCAGCCAGUUUCUGUUGAUCAGUUCAUAAUAAUUUCGAUCUCAAUUGUAAAAAGUUGGUUAAUCGAUGGAAGUAAUGAGUGUUUCCGUUAGUUCUCCAGUGUUUAGGGCUUCUCACACGAAAGCGUUUGAUUACUGUGUUCCGAUUCGGAAGAAGACGGUUAUCGAUCGGAAGUUUGUGUUUAAUUGUAUGAAUUAUUCUUCACUCGAGGUAGCUGCGGACAAGCCAGAAUUGUUAACUAAUUUGGUCAAAGAUGUUGACUGGCCGUCUCCAACCGAUGAAAUCCCAUUUUGGAAGAGGAAGUUUCACACUCGUGAUGUCAAUCCUGAGAUUCCUGUUAACAUAGAGAAAGAUUCUGAUCCUUUGCAUGUUAUUCACGUGACUGCCGAAAUGGCACCAAUAGCAAAAGUUGGUGGUCUUGGUGAUGUCGUAACUGGGUUGGCCCGUGCGUGUUUAUUACGUGGACAUAAAGUUGAUAUCAUGCUUCCAUUUUAUGAAUGUAUCCAGAAGGACGACAUUCAAGAAUUAUCAUUAUUGUCUACAUAUAGUUCAUAUUUUGAUGGAAACUGGAUCCAAACCAAUGCAUACAGUGGACUAGUUUCAGAUAUUCCAGUAAUACUAAUUGAACCAAUGAACCAAUUCUUUAAAGGUGAAGAUGUGUACGGAGGUUCAUAUAAUGAGCUGGAAGCGUAUUUAUUUUUCAGCCGCGCUUGCCUUGAAUGGAUGCAGGUGACUGGAACGCAACCCGAUAUUAUACAUGUACAUGAAUGGCAGACAGGUGCACUGCCACUGCUCUACUGGGACAUGUACUGUCAUCUUUCACUUCAUAAACCAAGAAUAGUAUUGACAAUCCACAAUAUGGAGCAUUAUGGGGAAUGCAGACAAGAGCAGCUCAAUAAGUGUGGCCUUGAUGGGUCUUUAUAUGCAACUAUUGACAAGGCGAUUGAUGAUCGAACAAUUGGCCAUAAUCCUGAAAGGCUGAGUUUAUUGAAAGGAGCCAUUGUGUACAGCAAUUCAGUAGUUACAGUCUCUCCAACUUACCUCCAAGAAACACUUUGUUCCGGAUGGCUUGCAAGUGCUUUGAUAACAAAUCGUGACAAAUACCAUGGUAUUCUAAACGGGAUUGAUACUGUUAUGUGGAACCCUGCUUCUGUUGCUUUCUUGCCUGCCAAUUAUCAUGCUCAAAACACUGAUGGAAAGAAAGUAUGCAAACAGUAUCUCCAACGAGGGCUUGGUUUAGCCUUUGAAGGCAGGGUGCCUUUAGUUGUUUGCAUUUCUAGAUUGGUUGCUCAAAAAGGUCUUCAUCUAAUUAAACAUGCAAUCAGUCAUAUUGGAAAACAUGGUGGACAGAUGAUUGUGCUGGGAAAAGCUCCAGAUGGUAGGGUUCAAAGUGAAUUUGAAGCUCUAGCUAAUUUGCACAACAAAGGUUCUACAAUCCGAAUCCUCUUGAUGUAUAGCGAGGAGCUGUCACACAUGUUGUAUGCUGGUGCCGACAUGGUGUUGAUUCCUUCUAUAUAUGAGCCAUGUGGACUUGCUCAGAUGAUCGGAAUGCGCUACGGAUCAGUACCAAUAGUACGGAAAACUGGUGGUCUUGCUGACACUGUUUUUGAUAUGGAUGAUCAGUCACAACCAGAGAUGGCUAACGGGUUUGUCUUUGAAGGGACUGACGAAGCUUCUCUAAGUGGGGCUCUUGAUCGCGCAUUUUUCUAUUACAAGGAGAAACCAAUCGAGUGGGCGAAUAUCGUUCAAAAAGUUAUGCAAAUUGACAACAGCUGGAACAAAACUGCUAGCAAGUACAUUGAUGUAUACAACUCAAUAAGAGUAAGAUGGUGACCAUUUGAAUGCACCUAAUCAAUUGUAAGUGAUACAUAACCAAGCUCUUUGCGCACGAUAACUCAACGAGUAAAGAUGUCGGACUUUACAUAAAUCAUGUGAAACCUUUGGCAUGUUUUGCAUGUAUUAAUUAAGUGGUAACUUAUUUUUAGUCAA